AUGCCACCAAUUGCAACAGCCAACACAGAGCUAAGCACAAGACACUUACCAGACCUCUCGGACACAUCUGUCUCUUUCCAGAUCCCCGUUGAUUCCUCAUCCGCGGAGUUUCUGCUUGCAGAUAACAGUAGUGAUCUUGAUUUUCUGUGCGGAGCUGGCGGCGCCAGUUUCGCCACCAUUGCUCCUACUCCAGUCCGCGGACAAUUAAGGCUUGGUCACAUCACACCGAAAGCCACCUCGCAACUGUUAUCGCUAUCAAGAUCACCUAGUCCAAGUUCGUCAACACACCAGAAGAAUGACCACGGACCUUUACGGUUCAGACGUCAGAGCCCUGUCAAAGCGAACAAAAUGUCCCGCCUUCCUUCUAAACUAAAGGAGAUAGUACUUGACGGGCCCGCCGUCUCCGAGGAGCGCUUGGAGUCCUUGCGCGCAGAAGUGGGGACCCUCAACGAUGAUUAUGAUAUCUCCAUGCAGCCACCAGCGGUUGCGCGAUCCUCUGUUUUCCCUGUGUUAAAUGUUACGGCAGUACCAAAUUCAAAGUUAAAGCCGAGGACAAGAAUUAAUUCUGCAGUAGAAGGCGGCCGUAACACGAAGCUAGCAACACAAAGCAGGAUCCCUAUGUCAGCCGCUGACAAACUCGGUCCAGCUUCCAUUGCCGAACCAACUGUGCAGUCGUAUUCUACGUGGACGUCUGAGUCAGGAAACGUGGCCAUAGAUAUCGAACUCCAAGUUCCACCCGCAUCUAUGAGUGGUGUUAGUAAUAUGGUCUCAAACUCUAGCCAAAGCGUGACCGGACGGGUGGCUGAACGCCUCGUGUCUUACAGUCAAAAAUUAAUGACAUCGAUUAGCAUCUAUAAUCCCAGGACCGAAAAUUCUUUCACGGCAGGUACGGGCACUGGUGUUGCUAGAACGGAAGAACACAUCGAAACUCAACCUCCGCCUGAGGUCGACGUUGUGCACGCCCUAUGCUCACCGGACGCUUUGAGUCGUAACGAUUACCUAUUGAGGCUUUCAGAAAUUUCACCGCAGAAGUAUCACACACAAGCUAGCGCCUCCCCCGGUCAUCUAUCUACAGGAAGGCGGGAGCUAUCGUCCAUGAGGCCGGCUAGGAAGCGCCCAGCCACCGAGGAAGACUCCGCUUCGCAACAGCCAAGUGGCAGCAAGAAGUUUAAGGCGAAACCGUUGUCACAAAGCGCCGUUGCCAAGACUGGCCCGACCAAUUCGAUGAGGUCAUCCAGCCAAAUUCUUCGGCCAUCCACCCAGAAGAACCGCGCACAUGGAAGCGUACUUAUCAGUCGGAAUUCGCGGUGUCCGACGUCAAAGUUUCCAAGCGCGCGAACAAAGUACAAACCCAGACAGAACUUCCAGCGACAGGUGUCAUCCACAUCGAUUGCAUCAACGUCCCUGUGUGGUCGAGCGAUCUGCAAGGAGAAAGACAAAAAUGUUCAGGGACAGGAAGGGGGGGUCUCUACUAGUUGCGCGUCACAAAGCCGAACCUCGGGCAGUUCCCGGGUCCACUUUGACGCGGGACAUGUAGUCAGCAAGAAACCUGUGGCAGUUACGGGGCUCGAGCGGUUAGGACAAUCUAGACCUGGCCUUGUGCCACCCCUCGAGAAGACGCUGCCACCUGCCAACAUAACGAAGCCUAUUGCGUUUACGUUUCAUAUGGACGCUCGCGUUGAAGCGCGUAAAGCUGAGUUUGAGAAGCUUGCAGGCUCGGUUAACGAGGAGAGGGGGCACCGACAAAGGCAUCCUGUGCCCGAUUUCAAGGUACUACAUGAGGCUCACCAAGCGUCACUUGCAUGGCGUAAGGAACACAUCAUCCCGAUAGUUCCUGCACCACCGAUAGUCCUUAGCACCGAAAUUCGUGCCAGAGAGAGGGAGAAAUUUGACCAAAUGAUGCGAAUAAAGGAAGAGGAGAUUCAACAGGCAAAAGAGGAACGCCGAAGACAACGAGAUGCGGAAGAAGAAAGGGAGAUUAAAGAACUUCGCAAGCGAGCGAUUCCCAAAGCGAAUGAGAUUCCAGAGUGGUAUGCUGACAUGCCGAAGAAAGGAGGCAGUGUAGGAGGAUCUGGAUAG